AUGUCCGGGCCGGAGCCGGGGCCGGAGCCCUGCUGUCCGGGCUCCAAUCCCUCGGAAGAGGCCGCUCCCCCGGAGGAGGAGCAGGAGCAGGAGAAGGAGAAGGAGAAGGAGGAGCAGGAGCAGUCCGACUACGACGCCAAGUGCGUGUUCUGCCGGAUCGGGCGGCGGGAGGAGGCCGGCACCGCCCUGCUGCCCUGCCAGGAUGAAGACCUAGUUUGCUUCAGAGAUAUCAGACCUGGCGCUCCGCACCAUUACUUAGUGGUGCCCAAGAAGCACUUUGGGAAUUGCAAAACACUAAAGAAAGAUGACGUGCCCCUAGUAGAAAAAAUGGUGACGGCAGGAAAAACCAUCCUUCAGAAGAAUAACUUCCCUCAUCUGGAUGAUGUGCGGAUGGGUUUCCACUGGCCUCCAUUCUGUUCCAUCUCUCAUUUGCACCUUCAUGUCCUGGCCCCAGCCAGUCAGCUGAGCUUCUUAUCCAGGAUGGUUUACAGAGUCAACUCGUACUGGUUCAUCACGGCCGAUCAACUGAUUGAACGACUGAGGGCCGGAAACGACAGCAGUUGAAGGAAACGGCUUCCCUGGCUCACAGCGGACAUAACGUUUUCGAUCCUUUGGUACCCGAUCCAAGCUGUAAGCCGUAGUGUGUGCAAGUGACGGGCCCCCGAGCGUGGCCUUGAAUAUUUUACAGAAGGGGAAACACGUUAAUCUGUUUUGAUUGCGAGCUUUUUCGUGAGGCACAAAGAUAAUGCUCCAUUAAGCACUUUUGUCAAUAACCUUGGGAAUGAUCUAAAGGAAUAUUUACAGUGUAUUAGUUCUGACCUGAAGGUAUUUAAAACGGGCAGCUCUGGUUGCUUAACGGCAUGCCACGGUCGAUUGGGUGGCUUAAUGUAAUCUAAUAUCGGUCAAAGAGAAAUACUUCGGGAUGUACGGAGUUAUUGAUUUAAAGCCCUAAUGGUGCCUACAAAAGGGAUAUUAUUGAUACUCCAUUUAGGGCAGGUGUAAUUCUCACCGUAAAGAAACCGUUACUUUGGUGCUACACCAUUUCAAUACAUCAGUGACGGUUUUGCACUAAAAGAGGUAAUCGAAGGUGCCCCGAAACACAGACACAUUGUGCCCUGUGUAGUGGUGUCAUGUGGACAGUUGUCACUGUGUGUUAGAAUUAGUGUUUGUGCGUACAGCUGGUCUGAGGUUAACGUUCGAUGUCUUUUCGGGGGUAGUCUGACUAAUGGAAUAUUUAUUAGAUAGUUUAAAAACCCUCACUGGUGACAAGGAGGGCCGGGACUCUUCCCUCCCUGGAGUCUGGUCUUCAGCAGUCGUUCCCAUGGGAAGUGAAUUUGGGACUAUCAUUGGAAUUCCUGGUGGGUUUGGAGAGUCAAGGGUGGGAGAGGGCAGUCAUUCAGUCAGUCGUAUUUAUUGAGCGCUCGCUGUGUGCAGAGCACUGUACUAAGCACUUGGGGGAAUACAAUGUAACAAUAAACAGACACAUUCCCUGCCCACAAUGAGCUGAAAGGGGAGGGGAAUUUGACCAAAAUAGCAGCACCCGGGCAGGCUGGGAUGGGAGAUUUGGGGGAAGUCCCGUAGCUGACUGGAAUAAAAUCAAUCAGGCAAUCAAACAACCGUAUUUGAGUGCUUACUGUCUGUUGAGCACUGUACUAAGCACUUGGGAGAGCACAAUAAAACAGACUUCAUAAACAUGUUCUCUGCCCCCCAGCAAAAACUGGUCUGUGCUCUUGGGUUAAAAGCCAAACUAGUCAAAACAAUUGAAUCAUUCACUUCAGGGAAGGCAUUUCAGAUCUGGCCGUCCAUUACUGGCAGCCUCCUUCUUAGGGUUGGUUCUUCGAUUUGCAAAGCGGAUCAGGCCUCGGGGCCUCAGGGACAUGCACGGAUACAAUGCCAUCAUACUCUUUACGGGGAGAUCCCCAAAUAGAAAACCCCAUUCAGGGUGGCCCGCGGUGAUUCACUGUCCUUAGUUCUGUAGGGUCUCAAAUAAAAUUUUUCUUCCUCGUCCAACUCGGACAACAGUCGGAAAUCUGCAUUUCGAGCAGCGGUCUUAUUUAAUGCUUCGGUCUGGGGUGUUUCGGUUCACCGCGUUUGGGAACUUGGAAACGGCGUGUACUAUUGGGAAGCGGGUAAGGCCCUGGCAGUUUCACUCAGCUUUAUCAGGAGAGCGGGCCCGAGGGGCUCCACAGUUCUGGGCACCCUGAGGAAAAAAUAUCCCGGAUUGAAAAAACAAACAAAAACAACCCUCUGUCGCUCGGAGAGCAUUAUUUAUUAUUAUCGUGAUACUGUAGACUAGUUUGUGUAUUUAUGCAAAACCGUCAGUUGUGCUGAUUCGAAGUAGAAUGAUACUAUGAGCCAUUGAAAAAUGCUGUGUAAUGGGGAAAGCUAAAUAAAAAGCAAACUGUGUCCCGC